AACGUUCCAUUUUCCCGCCAGCGCCGCCGACGUUCCGCGCCACCGGCACCAGAGACUAUAGAGCGGACCGGCACCAUGUCCAAGCAGCGCACCUUGUUCAGCUUCUUCACCAAGUCGCCUCCUCUCAGUUCUAGGGGAGGCAAGCCGGGCCCUGAGGCUGUCGCGGCGUCCGCCAAAAAGGACGACAUCUCUCCCAGGCAACCGGUCAAAGAGAACGGCAGCGAAGCCUGCAAGUUGCGCCAGAGCCCGCCCAAGAGGCCCCGGACCACAGCCGCCGCUUCCACCAGCCCGUUCUUCACUAAGGCAACGCGCAAAGAGGUUGCCAGCUCUCGCACGGCCGCCCCGAGUCAAGCCUGUGAUUUUGUUCCUGGAGAUGUGGUGUGGGCCAAGCUGGAAGGAUAUCCGUGGUGGCCAAGUCUGGUUUAUAACCACCCUACUGCCAAUGAGUACCUCAGGGGGAAAGGAAAAUCUCUCCGCAUUCAUGUUCAGUUCUUUGAUGACCCUCCCACACGAGGCUGGGUUAGCGUGAAAUAUGCAAAGAAGUUCACAGGUUUGGACGCUAAAGAAGUCCAGAGAGGUGGUGUCUACUUCAGUGGAAAGCCUGAAGUCCAAAGGGCAAUGAUAGAGGCAGAUCGUGCUCAUCAGAAGUCACGAGAGAAGCGUUUAGAGUUGGCAGUGUGCACCGAGCCCUCGGAACCAGAGGAUGAAGAUGAUAAUGUUGACGAAGACGUAGAAAUGGAGGUGGGAGACCAAUCCACGGUGAGUGAGGAAGACAAGGAGAACAAGAGCGGGGAAGACAAGGAGAAUAAUGAUGAGGAGGACAAGGAGAACAACAGUGAGGAGGAGAUCAGGCCGAGGAAGCGGUCUUCACGAGCGGCUCGCUCUGCCUCCGUGAAGGCCAAGAGGCGGCGGGUGGUGGUGGAGUCUGACAGCGAGGCCGAGAGCUCUGAGGACGAGUUUAAACCCGAUCAGCACGAGGGGAGCAGCGAUGAGUGCAGCAGCGGUGUCGACGAGAAGAACAUCAGCGAACCCGAAAUCGAGACUGACCCCGAGAGCCCGGUGAAGACUCCCUUCAAGCGGAAGCGCGGGGCGGCUGGGGCCCCUGCCCAGCCCGUGGCCAAGAGCACCUCCAUCUCCCCCCUGGAGGUCCCCAGGAGACCCGCCCCGCUGUCCAAGGGCACCAAGUCCAGGCUGUCGGCCUUCUCCGCGCCAGACACGUUUGAGUGCCAGGCUGCAGGCGGUGCCUCUGGCAGCCCCUCUUCCACAGCCGUGUGGGACCACGAGAGGCUUGAGUGGUUGAAACCCGGCCGGAGGAAGGACGGGAAGAGGCGGCGGGAAGGGGAUCCCGACUACGACGGAUCCACCCUCUACGUGCCGGAAGACUUCGUGAGCAAGUGUACGCCGGGCAUGCGGAGGUGGUGGGAACUGAAGUCCCAGAUGCUGGACACAGUCAUCUUCUACAAGGUCGGCAAGUUCUAUGAGCUCUACCACAUGGACGCGGUGUGUGCCGUUAGCGAGCUGGGGCUGACCUACAUGAAGGGCAGCUGGGCUCACUCCGGCUUCCCAGAGAUCGCCUUUGGCCGCUUCUCCGACGCACUGGUGCAGAAGGGCUACAAGGUGGGGCGAGUGGAGCAGACGGAGACACCGGAGAUGAUGGAGGCUCGGUGCCGGGCCACCGCGUACCCCACCAAGUUUGACCGGGUGGUGCGGAGGGAGGUGUGCCGGAUCAUCACCAAGGGGACGCAGACCUACAGUGUCCUGGACGGCAACUCGUCAGAGAGCUGCAGCAACUACCUCCUGUGCCUGAAGGAGGCGCCGGCGUGCAGCGGCAACGACGCUGUGCCGGGCCACUGCCGCUCCUACGGUGUCUGCUUCGUGGACACGUCAAUGGGCAAGUUCCACGUGGGGCAGUUUGCGGACGACCGGCACUGCUCCCGGCUGCGGAUGCUGGUGGCCCACCACGUCCCGGUGCAGGUCCUGGUGGAGAAAGGCAAUCCGUCGGCAGAGACCAGGAAGGUGAUGAAGGGAUGCCUGUUCUCAGCCCUGCAGGAGGCCCUCCAGGCAGGCGGCCAGUUCUGGGAUGCCCGCAAGACCUUGAAGGUGCUGGCGGAAGAGGGCUACUUCAGCGAGGGUGGACGGGAGGCGCUGGGCGCUCACUUGCCCCCGGCACUGCGCGGGAUGGUGUCGGAGACGGACUCCCUGGGGCUCACCCCGGGUGAAGACUGGGAGCUGGCCCUAUCGGCCCUCGGGGCCUGCGUCUUCUACCUGCAGCGGUGCCUGGUGGACCAGGAGCUGCUGUCCAUGGGCAACUUUGAGGUGUAUGUGCCGGUGGAUGUGACGGGGAAGGGGCCCGUGGGGGGCCACAUCCGGAGCGGGCAGCGCCUGGUGCUGGACGGUGUCACCCUGACCAACCUGGAGGUGCUGCGCAACGCCACCACGGGCUGCCGGGAGGGCACCCUGCUGGAACAGCUGGACCGCUGCUGCACCUACUUUGGCAAGCGGCUGUUGAAGCAGUGGCUGUGCGCUCCGCUCUGCGACCCCACGGCCAUCGAGGACCGCCUGCACGCCGUGGAGGACCUGAUGGCCGUGCCCGGCCCCACGGCGGAGAUGCUGGAGUUGCUGAAGAAGGUGCCCGACCUGGAGCGUCUCCUCAGCCGCAUCCACAGCCUCGGGUCACCGCUCAAGAGCAAUGACCAUCCCGACAGCCGGGCUGUGCUCUACGAAGAGACCACCUACAGCAAGAAGAAGAUCGCGGACUUCCUCUCCGCCCUGGAAGGCUUCAAGGUCUUCCAGGAGCUGCUGCGGGUUGUGGAGCCGUCUGUGACGGGCUUCAAAUCUAAGCUGUUGAAACAGAUCCUUAGCCUGAAGGGGACGGGCGCUGACGGCCUCUUCCCGGAUUUGUCGGCCGAGCUGCAGCGGUGGGGCACGGCCUUCGACCAGCAGAAGGCGAGGAACACGGGAGUGAUCACUCCCAAAGCCGGCUUCGACCCGGAUUACGACCGGGCUCUCGCCGACAUCAAGGAGACGGAGGCCGGCCUGCAGGAGUAUCUGGAGAAGCAGCGCAAGAGGCUGGCCUGCCGCGCCGUGGUCUACUGGGGCAGCGGCAGGAACCGUUUCCAGCUGGAGGUGCCCGAGAGCAUGGCCGAUCGCCACGUGCCCGAGGAGUACGAGCUGAAGUCCACCAAGAAGGGCUUCAAACGCUACUGGACAAAGGCGAUCGAGAGACUGCUGGAGGCGAUGAGCGGUGCUGAGGAGAGGAGAGAUGCUGCACUCCAGGACUGCAUGCGCAGGCUCUUCUACAACUUUGACAGAAACUAUAAAGAUUGGCAGGCAGCUGUGGACUGUAUCGCCGUCCUCGAUGUACUGCUGAGUCUCAUGCACUACAGUCAGAGUGGAGAGGGCUCCAUGUGCAGACCUGUGGUAUCGUACGAUGCUGACCGCACCCAACCGUUCCUGGAGCUUAAAGGAUCGCGCCACCCGUGCAUUUUGAAAACCUUCCAGGGGGAUUUCAUCCCAAAUGAUGUGGUCAUUGGCUACAAGGGCCCCAGAGAUUUGGAAAAUGGUCACGGUGACCAACAGGCUUCCUGCUUGCUUGUAACUGGGCCAAACAUGGGUGGAAAAUCCACACUCAUGAGACAGGUUGGCUUAUUGGUCAUCAUGGCUCAAAUGGGGUGCUAUGUGCCUGCUGAAAGCUGCAAAUUUAGCCCAGUUGACCGAGUCUUCACACGCCUGGGGGCUUCGGAUAGAAUCAUGUCAGGUGAAAGCACCUUCUUUGUGGAGCUCAGUGAGACGUCUAGCAUCCUGCAACACGCCACACAGCAUUCCCUCGUGCUUCUGGAUGAAUUGGGCCGUGGUACAGCAACAUACGAUGGCACUGCAAUCGCUAGUGCAGUGGUUAAGGAGCUUGCUGAAAAUACUAAAUGCCGCACUUUGUUCUCUACACACUACCAUUCCCUGGUGGAAGAUUUCUCUCAUUCCUCUGCAGUCAGUUUAGGACAUAUGGCUUGCAUGGUUGAGAAUGAAUGUGAUGAUCCGAGCCAGGAAACCAUCACAUUCCUGUAUAAAUUUAUUGAUGGAGCCUGUCCAAAGAGUUAUGGAUUUAAUGCAGCAAGACUAGCAAAUAUUCCUGAGGAAAUAAUUCAAAAGGGUCAUAAGAAAGCUGAAGAAUUUGAGAAGACUACUGCUUCUUUGAGACUCUUCAAGGAAAUAUGUUCUUUGUUUGAAGAUGCAGAUGUUAAUCUUCUCAAGCUACAGCCAGUACUGAAGAAGAUUGCCAAAAUCUAAAUCCAAAUAAACAAAUGUAUACAAAAUUGUACUAAUAAAGCUUACUUUAAAAAUAA